AUGGGCAACUGCGUUCCUCCUCGUUCGGAAAUGACUGAAUUAGUCGUCUCGCCGAGCGAAAUUAAUCGUUCCAGUCUAUCCAGCAUUCUCACGCAUGACACAUGGACCGCAGGAGAAGUAGAUGAUUCGACGGAAAAUUGGGGCAUGAAUGGUGCUGAUAUAGAUCAGUCGGGGACAAGAAGUGUGUCGGUGAGCCUACCUUCAUCAUCGCCUUUGUUCAUUUUGGAAACUGGAUUAAGCGUCAUCUCCAAACCGAUUCCAACCAUGCCUGAACAGCUUUCCAAUCGAUUUAUUCCUCAGGAAAUAGACAACCUACAAACGGAUCUAAACUUUGAUUUAGCAGUUCAGAGUCCACAAAGUAAGAAAACAGAUCUAACCACGGUGAGCCCCUCACAAAGUGGAUUAACAAACCUGGAUUAUGGCUUAUGCAAACGAAGACAAAUGCCUCCACGGCUAAGAAAAAAUCAAGCAUAUCAGCUAGAAGGAUCCCCAGAAGAUAGUGGGAUUGGAAGCAGCUUUCUCACUAGUCCGCGCGUUUUCUCUAGAAUUUCAGGAUCGCGAAAUUCAGGUCCUGGUGAACAAGGACAAAUUAUCAGUCUACCUGGUUUCGGUCGGAUGGAACAGUACCACACACCAGACGCCUCUUUCGUGGCUUUACUUGAUCAUCAGAGAAAGUCUGCUGCGGAACGAAACUCACCCAUCAAUAAUGGCCCACUACCGCCUAUUCCCCCCAAAGGGAACUAUCAGGAUACCUUUGAACGUAAUCGAAAACGUACAAUCAGUCCUAGUUUGGAGUCAAGUGGACUGAUGAAACUGGGUAUGGAAAAUGGAGUCUAUCAAAAACCGUCCAUUGCGACCAAGGAGCCCGUUGUGGUAUUUGCCAUUCAGGCAUUUCUUAAACAGCAUGACGAUGAAUUGAGUAUGGUAGAAAAUGAGCGAUUUCUGGUGCUCGAUUUUAACCCUCCCGAUUCUCAGUCAUAUGCUGGACCUGAGAACAAAAGAUGGCUGGUCACUAGAAUCGACCCACGAUUUCAUUGUUUAGUUGGAAUGCGAAAUGUACAAGGUUUGGUUCCAGCUCGACUGUUAGAACUAUUCAAAAUUGCCCCUGAUCAGCAUCCGGCUUGGUGUUUUGUGGAUCGGGAGGAGGCUGAUCGAAUGCUCUUAAGUAUGGGCAAUCCUUGUGGAACGUAUUUGCUAAGACCAUCCUCAGAUACAAGCAACGCGUUUGCGCUGUCCGUGCGAUGUUUCGACGUGCAAUCACAAAUGUGGCUGGUGAAACACUAUCGAGUCCGGUAUAAGCCAGGUGAGGAUCACUACUUCGUGUUUCGUCGUGCUGCAUUCAACACAGUCGAACAAUUGAUCAAUCAUCAUUCAGGUUUGAGUUCCAAGGAGGUGAGAGAUCACGUUUGUUCCGGACAUCGUUUACCCCGUCCCACUAUGAAAGUUCGCCUGGGGAACUCCACUCUGGACACAUUGGACAUACUGAAUGCGGAAACUGAUUCCACGGUUUCGCGAUGUCCUCUAGAUUUAUACACGCAAAUGCUUCAGUGUUGGCACAUUGAACCGGAAUGCAGACCGACAUUCCAUGAAGUGAACGCGUAUUUGAUCAAUUACGUUUUGAAAUUCAGAGGAACGUAA